AUGAGUGUAUUUCAAGUCACAAGUGUUGUUAUGAAAGUGGCAAGCACGGGCAUGAUCAACGAGCUUCACCGAAGAGACUUCUCCAGAUCAGCGAGAAUCAAGUUAUUCUGCGGGAGAACGUUGGGCAGCAGCGUUAUGUAUGCCUGA